AUGCUAACCCAAAAAUUGACCCCGGCCCAGGUUGAGCUUUACCAUCAGCAGGGAUACAUCAUUAUAAAAGGCUUUUGCAAGCCCGACGAAGUGAAUAAAUUAUACAAUACUGCAUUGGAAGAUAAUGCUAUGCUUAACAAUGCUUUCGAUCUUGACGAUCUAACCGGUAAAAAAACCAAGCUAUCACUUUGGUUCACUCCUGGGAAUGAUAUUUUUGGAUAUUUAAUCCGCAGCGAAAAGAUGAUAGGCUCGGUAAAACAAUUGUUAGGCGGAGAAGCACCGAUUUGCCAUUAUCAUUCAAAACUAAUGCAAAAGGAGCCAAAAGUUGGCGGGGCAUGGGAGUGGCAUCAGGAUUACGGUUACUGGUAUAAAAACCAGUUUAUGUUUCCUGAUGAGUUGAUCAGUGUGAUGGUUGCGUUGACCGAAUCCAAUAAGCAAAAUGGGUGUUUGCAGGUGAUAAAAGGAUCGCAUAAAUUGGGCAGGUUGAAUCAUGGUUUUGCAGGCGAACAGAUGGGAGCCGAUAUACAGAUGGUUAAUAACGCCUUAAAAACGAUGGAAUUGGUCUAUGCUGAACUGGAGGCUGGUGAUGCACUGAUACUUCAUAGUAACUUGUUGCACCGGUCAGAGGCUAACCUGUCCGAUCAUCCGCGUUGGUCGAUAAUUUCCUGCUAUAACCUGCAAUCAAACCCGGCCUAUAAUGAAACGUCAGCAUCAUAUAAAGUGCCGGUUGAUAUAGUGCCCGAUAAUGCUAUUAUGGAUUGGGAUGCCGAUUCAUUAUCAAAUGCCGAUUUCCUGAAAAAAGAAAACGAUCCGGCUUUAAAGAAAACAGGAUGGGAGAGUGCAUAG